UUCACUUCUCAUUUUUCUCUCCACCCCUCAGCACCACAGAGGCAAGCCUUGGUUCAGUCCACACAGCUAAUUCAGCAGCCAAAGCCUGCAGCUCUGACCUCUGGUCAGCUAAACACUUUACCUUUAGAAAGCUGUGUUUUUUUUGUUUUGUUUUUUUUGUCAGGUGGACUUUUUGUUUUGGGAGUUACCAUGGUUGACAGCCUGGACAUGGAGAAGCAAGAGAAGCGUUACUUUAUUCAACGCAAGCAUGCAGUCAUCAUCUGCAUAACAGUGGUGUUGUGCUGUUUGGCAGUGGGCCUCGGGGUGGGUCUCUCUAGAUCAAACAACACCACUCCUGCUGCCACCACCACACCAGCCCCCACAGCAGGGCCUACCCAGCCCCCUUCACCUGGCAGAGGGCCCUGCCUGCCUUCCACUGACUCCAGUGGGGACUGGAGGAAUUUCCGUUUACCUGACUAUGUGAAUCCUGUCCACUAUGAUCUGCACCUGGAGCUGAACCUAGAGGAUGACACCUACACGGGCACUGUUGAUAUCCAGCUGGAAGUAACUAAGCCUACCCGUCAUCUCUGGCUCCACAUCAGGGAGACAUUUGUCAGUACCUUGCCAAGGUUGAAGGUGCUGAGUAGCCAAGGAGGGCAGAGAGAAGUGGCAGUGAAAAGCUGCUUUGAAUACAAAGCUCAGCAGUAUGUGGUGGUGGAGGCCACAGAGGAGCUGCCUGUCUCAGACACAGGAGAGGUAUACAUCCUCAGUCUAGACUUCCAGGGUUGGCUCAAUGGCUCUUUGGUGGGAUUCUACAGAGUUACCUACAUGGAGAAUGGAAUCACCAAAAAGAUUGCAGCUACGGAUCAUGAGCCAACAGAUGCCCGCAAGUCUUUUCCCUGUUUUGAUGAACCUAACAAGAAAGCCACCUACACCAUCUCAAUAACUCGUGAUGCUAAUUACAAAGUACUGUCCAACAUGCCAGCAGAGGGCUCCCCUCAGGAACUACCAGGCAAUAAAAUUAAAACCACCUUUCAGAAGUCUGUUCCAAUGAGCACCUAUUUGGUAUGUUUUGCUGUGCACCAGUUUGACUAUGUAGAGAGAACUUCAGCCAGAGGAAUUCCCUUGAAAAUCUGGGCCCAGCCAAGUCAGAUCAGCACAGCUUUGUAUGCAGCAAACGUAACCAAGGUCAUUUUUGACUAUUUUGAGGAAUAUUUCAAUAUGACAUACUCCAUCUCAAAAUUAGAUGAGAUAGCCAUUCCUGACUUUGGUACUGGUGCCAUGGAGAACUGGGGUCUUAUCACCUACAGGGAAACCAACUUGCUUUAUGAUGAAAACCAGUCAUCCUCUUACAACAAGCAGCGAGUUGCCAGUGUCAUCGCACAUGAACUGGUUCACCAGUGGUUUGGGAAUAUUGUAACUAUGGAUUGGUGGGAUGACCUGUGGCUCAAUGAGGGCUUUGCCAGCUUCUUUGAGUACAUCGGUGUGGAAUUAGCGGAACCAACCUGGGGCAUGCGAGACAUCAUGAUCAUCAGUGAUGUGCUUCCUGUCAUGGUGGAUGACGCUCUGCUGUCCUCUCAUCCGAUCAUUGUAGAUGUGUCAACCCCAGCUGAAAUCACCUCUGUGUUUGAUGCCAUCUCAUACAGCAAGGGAGCAUCCAUUCUCAGGAUGCUGGAGGACUGGAUGGGCAGAGACAAGUUCAGAGAUGGUUGUCGAAAAUAUUUGAAAGACUUCUACUUCAAGAAUGCCAAAACGAGCGACUUCUGGGCAUCUCUUGCCAGUGCGGGUGAGUUGCCGAUUGCAGACGUCAUGGAUACAUGGACCAAACAGAUGGGUUAUCCUGUGCUGGACCUGUCUGUCUCAGAUACGGAUGCCAGACUGAGCCAAAAGCGUUUCCUCUUGGACCCUAAAGCUGAUACUAGCCAGCCUCCUUCAGAUCUUGGGUACAAGUGGACAAUUCCAGUCCAAUGGCAUUCUGUUCAAAGUGACAAAAACAUGUCGCUUAUGUUUGACAAAAACACCGCAGAGCAAACUAUCACCGGUUACUCACCAUUAGCGGAUGGGCUGCUAAAGGUUAACAAUGAUCAUAUUGGAUUCUACAGAGUCAACCAUGAUGACCGCAUGUGGACUGCUAUUAGUCAACAGCUUCAAACCAACCAUUUGGAGUUUGAUGCAGCUGAUCGCACAAGCUAUAUUGAUGAUGUUUUUGCUCUUGCAAGAGCGGACAUUGUAGAUUACGGUCAUGCCUUCAACCUUACUAAGUACCUGACAAAUGAGACGGAGUAUAUAGUCUGGGACCGUGUGGACGCCUCCAUUGCCUAUGUCCGGAACAUGUUGUCUAGCAAUGCUCUACUCUAUCCAAAGUUUCAGCAACUGUUUCGUGACCAUGUUAAAGCAAUCUCAACACUGCUUGGAUGGGAGGAUAAAGGAACACAGACAGAGAGGUUACUAAGGGAGACCGUGCUUGGCAUCGCUUGUCAGAUGGGAGAUCAGGAUGCUCUGGACGAAGCUUCUCGGAUUUUUGACCAGUGGAUCAGUGGAAGUCUUAGCAGCGUAGCAGUCAACCUGAGAUUACUGGUAUAUCAAUACGGCAUGAAGAAUUCAGGCAGUGAGGAAAACUGGAACAUAAUGUUCCAGAGGUAUAAAGAGACGUCUUUGGCCCAAGAGAAGGACAAGCUGCUGUAUGGACUGGCAUCUGUGGAAAAUGUGGAGCUUCUUUAUAGGCUCCUGGAGGCUACAAAAGAUGAGAGCGUAGUGAGGAGUCAGGAUUUGUUUACUUUGGUCCAAUAUGUGUCAUAUAACCCACUUGGCCAAAGCAUGGCCUGGGAGUGGAGUACACUCAACUGGGACUAUCUGGUAAACAGGUACACCAUCGAUGACAGGAACCUUGGUCGCCUACUGAAUAGAAUUACCACCAGAUUCAACACAGAGCUCCAGUUAUGGAAGAUGGAGCAUUUCUUCAAGCUAACUCCAAAUGCUGGUGCUGGUGAGAUGCCCAGGAAGCAGGCACUUGAGACAGUGAGGAACAAUAUCGAAUGGAUUAGGAGGAAUGAAAAUGAGAUCAAGGAGUGGCUGGACAGUAACAUUGCCUGAUGGAAAACACCACAGGCGUACAUUAAUACUGUUGCUGUAAAGAACUAGAACACCCACAACACUUUGUUGAAACCAGCAUUUUGUAAUGACAUAAUUAGGUGAUUUGUCUUUGAUUUUAGCAGGGACUAAUAAUCCGAGGGUUCUUCUGAUUUGAAUUAGUAAAAACUACACAACAGUCUAAAGAAACACCCAAAUUCUGAGGUUCUGGCACUUGCUACCAGGAUACCUGUAUUGUAUACACACCAAAUUAACUUUGAAAAGAAACUGGAAUCAGUUUGUUUUCAGCAAUUGACAAAUGUAAAUUUACAAUAUGUAAAUGAUAUGUAAAUGAACAUGCUCCCACAUGUGGAAACUGGCUUCUAUCACUGUGAAUAUGCAUUAUUCUUUCCUCAAAAACCCCUCACACAUUCUAAAAUUUCUUUGAACCACCUUUAAUUUUGAUGGUGGCCUUUUAAUAAACAUAUGUUUCACACACAUGUAUUACCAUUGUCAAGAAGAUGAAAAUCCACUGGCUUAUCUCCAUCCAAGAGGAGAAUAAAGGACUUAACAUAAGGAUUUUAUAUGGUGAAAGUAAUACAGAGUGCUAUAUCAGAGUAUUUCUUUAUGUGUAUAUCUGUAAAUAGUUAAUAAUGUAUAAUUCUCAUCGAACAUAAAUGAACCUAACAGCAGCUGUUAAGAAGAUUUGGGGUUCUUUCUUUAGUUUCACACAAAUGAUUAAAGAGCAGUAUCAUCACUCUGGAGUUAGAAAUUUCAGUAAGAAAGCACCGGAGGAUUAACCACUGCCCAAUUUUUGUGGACUUACAAAUUGGAUUGACAAUUUUGGCUAUUUCUCUGCUCAUUUUUGCUGUGUUAGAUUAUAGGGUCAAAGGAGAUGGAGGACUUUGUACCGAGACACUGCUUCCCCUUUUGGACUUUAUCAGGCAUGAGAUGGAAAUCAGUGCAUCGGUCUCCUGGGUGUAUCCCUUCUCCUUUCUCUCAUUCAGCUCAAGAUUGGUAUCAGAAAUCAGCUUUAGUUUAGAAUAGGUUAGUUAGAUUAGGAUGAAAUUCAUUAACUAAUUAUUACUAUUUGGUAAAGCUUUGCCUUGUCCUUGCAAAAUUGCUCAAAUAAAAUGCGCUGCAUUCAAAAGUCUAAAUUUUAACUUUUUAUGAAAUAGUACACAUGUACGUAUCAUAGAGGAAGCAAAAUUGUGUAAACUGUCACAUUGAUUAAAGUAUGAGAUGAACAAAUGCUUUUUAGUGGACGAAUGUCAGUCGGCUUUUAUAAAAGGCAGAAAUAUACACAAUCACAUUAGACUGAUUCUUGAUAUGCUUGAUUAUCGUCAACUAAUAAAGACAGAAAGCUUAGUGUUGUUUUUGGACUUUUAUAAGGCGUUUGACACGGUUAUACAUCAUUUUUUGCUUAAAGCCUUACAUCACCUGGGUUUAGGGGUAAGCAUCUGUAAUGUGAUCAAAAUGUUUUACAGUAACAUCUGUAGCUCUGUUUCGCUAAACCCUGGAAUGACCCCUGGAUUUGAAGUGCAGCGAGGUAUCCGUCAGGGAUGCCCUAUUUCCCCCAAAUUGUUCAUACUAACCACUCAGUUGCUGGCACUCAUCAUCCAAAAUGACCCCGAUUUACAUGGUAUAAAUAUUUUUGACAAAGAAUUGAAAAUAAGCUAGUUUGCAGAUGAUACUGCCCUGUUUUUAAGAGAUAAGUCCAUGGUAGCUAAAGCUCACAACACUAUCGCAUUACUCUCUCGGGCUUCAGGACUGUGUCUGAAUAUUAACAAAUGUGAAUUAUUACCUAUUCCCACGUGUUCUGAUUCUAAUAUAACUUCUAUAAGGGUAGAAUCAGAAGUGAAAUAUUGAGGUAUAGUGAUUUCUAAAAAUAUGACCAGAAGAGAAGACACCAACAUCUGCAGUUGUAUCGUCGACAUGAAGAAAUCCCUUAGUCGUUGGUUGACCAGGGAUAUCACUAUAUUUGGCUGAAGGUCUUUCUAAAUUAAUUUACCAAUGUCAUUCUCUGUAUAUUUAUGGUUAAAGAUUAUGAGAAGGGUGGUGUUAGAGCCUUAGACUUAGAAUCAGUGGUAGGAACUUUUAAGAUUAACUGGCUCAGAGCUUGUCUAUCUCAGUCUGAUUCCAUCUGGUUUCAUAUACCCAGAUCCUUAUUUAAGGAAUUAGAAGGAAUUUAUUUUUUAUUAAGAUGUGACUUUGAGAUUAGUAAAAUACCUAGUUUUCACAAACAGAUCCUUUCUUUUUGGAAAAUGAUGUUUACACACAACUUCUCUCCUCACACCUAUGGAACCUAUGUCGGCCCUAUGGACCUAACAAAAAGUCAUUAUUUAUCAGGAACUGGUUUGAGAGUGGUAUCUUGUUUGUAACUGAUUUGCUGGAUUCGAGUGGUGCUUUAUUGGAUUAUGUAUCUUUCUCGAAGAUACACAACUUAGAUUGUCCAAUAAAAGAAUACAGAAAGGUUUGUCGUGCUAUCCCAUUGGCUCUAAGGCAGCUAAUACGAAACACAAUGUUUUAUUCUGACGUCAAUCCAGCGCUGCCAAACUUAAAAAUUGGAAACUGCCAUCUAAAUGAUAGUAAAUGUAACAAUAAAUUUAUCAGUAUGAACUUCAAA